UUAAGAGUUUUCUGUGCAAAUAAAGCGGCAGAAAUCUGUUGAAAUGAUUGCAUGUUACCAAUGUCAUAUGGUCAUGUUAUAUUUAUAUUAUGAUUAAUUAUAUUAUUAAUAUUUAUAAAAUAAUCGCAUAAUUUUGAAUUUAUCGCACAUCCAAAUUUCUACAAACAUAAUUAUUUAAAACUAUACUGACACAUUACAGAUAUUACAACAAAUAUAGGAGGUGACGAACACUUGGAUGAAACAUGCACUUAUGAUGUCGUUGAAAAUCGAGUCAAUUAUCGUUCAAGUUUAAAAGGAACUUAUCAACUGGUUUUAGACGGAUUUCCUUAUUCUAGACACCGUAUACGUGGCGGUACAAUUUAUUGGCGCUGUGUGCAGUUUCGCCCCUUGAAAUGCCGAGCUAGAGUGCGUACUAAUCCGGCUGGUGAUCGUGUUUCAAUAGUGGACGAAGACCACAACCAUCCCAUAGUGAGAGAGCGGCGUAAGAAGGGCACACUCAAGUGUGUUUAUGAGCAACGAAAGCUGGAACAAAGUCGCUGCUUUAAAUAGCAGUUAUACCUUUAACAAGCGAAAAUUGGAAAGGCGCGUUCGGGUAGUAAUAUCGGAAGAUUUAGCUAGCCAACAGCAGCAACAAUCAAGACAGAAAGCGGCUCCAGUCGAACAACUACACCUACUGCCUUUUACAAAAUCGUUGUAUUCGGAAGUGAAAACAGGCGAAACUAUUUUGAAAACAUCUUGGAAUAAUCACAAACUAACGAAAAUAAGUAAGCCACGCAUGCGCGGUAAGUGUGUGCAUUGUCUGAAGAAGGCAUCCGGUGAUCAGCCGGAUCUAAAUAAAAUAACUACAUAUUGCCCACAGUGUCCAGGUGGCUUGUGGAUGUGUUUGGAAUGCUUUGAUCAAGCUCAUUAGGAGAAAUUGUAUUUAUUCAUAAUAAACCUCAAAACAUACUGAGGUUAUUCUCGCUUGCAUGGUUAUUAAUUAUUAUUGUGUAAAAUAUUAUUGUUGGAAACUGAAUUAAAAAUAUAACCACAUAAGCUGAUAACCAAGCAAUCCUAAGAAUUAUGUGAAUUUAGUUCUGGAAAACUCAAGGUAUAUUAAACAUAUUGAUAUAAAAAAUUAAAUAAAUAUUUGGCACUACAAUGUUUGCAUAGGAUGUAGCUGAGGUUGUACUUCAAUUUCUGUUAUUACGUAUUGAUGUAUUAACAUAUAAUUUUACGUCGCAUACGAAGAGGCUUGUAUGCUGCUACAACAACAACAACAACGCUUACAUUGAACCACCACUAAACUGGAGUAAUGAAAACCAAUUUAUUAGCUUUACCCUAAAAAACACAACCUCCUACACGAAGUAUAACUUUAAUUAAAGCACAAUUCUGACUUCCAAAACGUCAAUUGCUUUGCCUCCAUACAAAGUAUAACGUUCCAUAACAUCCACAGUAUACAUAACAUCGAACUACAAAAUAUUGGCAAUGUAUACUGUUCCAAAACGCAUUC